CGAAGGCAGCACCCGAUGACUCCCGUGACGUCACGUAUUUACAAAGAAAACCGGAAGUGUUGAGCAGGUAAAAAUGAUUCCCCGCGGUAGAUCAGAGUGACAUUACAGGUGGACAAAGGGCGAUGUAAUGGUUUGGAAACUCGAAAGGGAAACAUGGAAUUUUGUUUUCUUCGUUGUCUUCUUUUCGUCGUCCUGACGGCCUGGACUUUUGCAGACGGUGAGUUCUCCUGGCGAAAGAGACGAAAUCAGUUGACUGUUGUUAGCAUGUUUGCUAACUCUGCUGUUUACCUUUGCCACAGGUGCGCUUUGUGUCAUAAUCACAAUCAUUUACUGUAAAAAAAGAGAUAAGGGGUCUUUGUCUAACAGCUCUAAACUAUUUAAAAGUGUCAGGAGAUGUUUUUACAGUCUGUUCAGUCUCUAAUGAUCAUUAUUUUUGUUGUGAUUAUAACUGUUUAACUGUAAAGUUAGUUUUUCAUCCUCAGCUCUCAGGACUGUUAUUUUUGUCCGAGGUUUGUUUUUGUUAGUGUUUUAAAUCUGACUGUUUUGUCAGAAUAGAUAGAGGACUCGGGCUAUUUUUGAAUUUAAUGUAAUAAUAAAAUCUUUUUCACUAAGACAUACUAAAAUAUGAAAAAAAGUGUCCUGUAAGAAUGAACAAUUUCUCUCAUUUUAAGCUCAUUUUCUCCCUCACUAUUGGCAAAGAUCACAGCAGCAUUACACACAAAGAUGUUCUUAAUUUUAUAAGCUCCUGUCAAAGUUUACGUAAGAUUACCAACAGAGUAGUGAUUGAUGAUGACUGCUGCCUUUUCAAGGUGAUCAAAUGAUUUAUUACUUUAAAUCAUUUCUUUUGAGGCAUGUGUACAAGGAGUGCAUGUAUGUGCACUUGUGUAUCCAGAGGCUUGUAUGGGGUUUAACAGAAAUGUCAUGUUUACUCUUCUUUAGUUUAUACUUGAAAGAUUGUUUUACUCACUGUGUUCUUGAUUGACUUUUUGACAAAAAUGACCCUUUGCUAGGACUGGGGGAUAAAAUGAUUAUAGAUCGCAAAUUAAUUUCCCUCAAUAUCAAUAUAAAACAUGGUCAAUAUGCUUUUCAAUAGUCGGCAUUCUACCAUGUUUUUGUAGAUUAUACGAAUAGCCAAUGAAAAGAGGAGUUGCUCUGGGUCCGCUUCGCGCUGAAGUAUUCAUGUGCUGAAUUAGAAUGCCUGAGCAGCCGAAACAGCCGACCAUUCAGUCCGCUUUCUCUAACGCAACACCUUACGAAAAAACGUCAGAGAUACAAAGACCUCACAGAUGCAGUAGCUUAUUGUAUUGCAAAAGACAUGCUACUAAUAAGCACUGUUAAAUUUCAUUUUUUAUGUUGUGAUAUGGAUAUCGACUGAUAUGAAAAAAAUAUAUCAUGAUAAACUUUUUCCCAUAUCGCCCAGUCCUACCCUUUUCCAUGAGUUUGAAAUUUGAAUUAGAGGUUUUCUGUUGCUGUUUUGUUUUUCAAAGUGUGUGAUUUAUACUGUGGUAUUUAUAAUUUAAUCAAAAAGAUAUUAGUGAUCUCCUGCAUCUCACUUGUUUUUUAGUAUUUCACAGUUUGGUAUCAACAGUAAAUGAUCUAAACCUCAAUAGUUAGUUUAAGUUUUUACUUCAGAUGGGACCUUUUUAUAUAGUCAUCUGGCCUUCGUCUUUAAAUCCAAGACCAUUUGUUCUUAUAUUUGUAUUUAUCUGUUAUCAUACUGACCCAUAACUUGCUCACUAUUAUCCGGCAACUGUGUUUUAUAACUCCUGUAAACACUGCGGCCUCACAUAAACUCAGACAUUAAUGUCAUGUUUUGUGUUUAGGUCCAGUAUUAUUUUAGAUGUUGUACUUGUGAUGGGUCGUCUGGGACUAACAUAUUGAGUAUGCUCUAUGAGUUUUUUUUAAAGAGUAUGGCUAAAAUGACAUUAUCAUUUGAUCAGUUUGAACCAACACAUUGACUUAAAGUUACCGGGAUGACCUUUUUAUCAGUGAAUAAAAAGAAUAAAAUGUGAUUAUUUCCUUCUUCCUGCUGGUAAACAGGGUAGGUCAAAGACUUUUGGGUAGGUCACAAUGGAAUUUAAUGACACAGAUCGGCUUUUUGUUUUUUCAUUAAGUCGAUAGAUGAACUCAUCAACUCAAAUUAAAGUUACCUGCAGAAUAAUUGAUGAAAACAAUGAUGAAGGGCAGCUCUACACGUGACAAGGACUAGCAAAGAACUCUUGUUUGUGAGCCUUCACUCAUCAAAGUCUGAUUCCCUGCAGAUGAACAGGUGACACUUGUAUCCGAGCUCUCUGCCAAACCUGCACAGAAGUUGUCAAAGUACGGUUGGUACGGCAACGUGAGGCUGCAGAAGUUUCACAUUCCAGAGGAAACUGCCAUCGCUCGCUGGCUGUUCUCAGUCACCAAAGGGCACAACUUUAACUGUGGACAACACAAUGUCACCAUGUAAGACAUACACAAAGAUCUGCAUCCUCCUCUCUCUCUUCCUGUUGAUCAGAUUUUUUUGUUUUUUUUCAGGAACUCAAACUUGCUCUUUGUCAUUGUUAACUAGGGGUGGGUAUUACUAGUGGCCCCAUGAUACAAUAUUAUCACGAUACUUUUAUUAACAUUUUGCAAUACAGUGAGUUGUGCGAUACAGUAUAUUGCGAUUUAUAUAAUUUUCAACUGUUUAGCUAGUUUAGCAUUUGGCUGUCCUUUACGUUUGUCUUAUUUAUGAUGAAUUUUAUUUUCGUGUAGCACAUCUUGCAGACCUUAUAUAUAUUUGUUGCACUAACUUUCUCCUGCUCUAUGAUGCCAUCUUUGCCAACCUCACUGGACAAACAGCUGAUUUUAUUUUUCCAUUAUCUUAGAUUUGACUUCAUGUUAGCAAUUCAUUCAAAAAAUCAAUGCUUGGUAAAUGGGACGAUACGAUAUAUCACCAGACAAAAUAUUGCGAUACUAUGCUGUAUCGAUUUUUUUCUCCCACCCCUAUAGUUAACACAGUUUUCUGAUUUUUCAUCUCAUUUUCUCUUCACUCUUGAAGCCAUAUUCGAUGGGGAGCCCCUCCAGUCAUAAACCCCACAGGCUCUUCAUUUCCCAAUUCAACACACUGGAGCCCCGGUCUGUCUCUUGUCCUUCUUGUGACAUCACACAGCUCCACAACCUUUAACGUCUCAAGUCCCGCUUCAGGUGACUGGUUCAUUGCUGCCCAUUUGCCUGAAGAUGAUGGGCGCAUAGAGCAAAAGGUUUGUAUGGCGUGAAUUUUUUCUUACUAACUGUUCUGUCUGUUUUAGCUGUGUUAACCAUAUUGUCUAAAUAAUACUUCUAUGUUCUAUUUAAUUGCCGAGAUGUUGCUGGAGUUAUUGUCAUUUUCCACAUGAGAGUUUCAGCGCUCACCUAACCUGUUCCACCGGUAAAUAAACCACAUUGUUCCUUUGCUGCAUCUGUUCCCAGCUUCUUUUCAGAUUACAAAAUUGGAGGUGACAGCAAAAACUCAUCAACCUUGAUGCUAUUUGCAUUGUAUGUGUCUAUUUGCGGUGGCUUUUUUAUGCACUGGUCCUCCCACUGAAUUGCUAUUUAACUAUGUACUUCUGACUUAUUACCUAAUUAGUUGUCAGUCCUGUUUGAAAGGUUCUGAACAAGGGAAUCCUGUUUAUUUGGAAGAGUACGGUGUGCCACUGUUUAUAAAAGCAUUUUAUUGUUGUUGUUUUUUUUUUAUUUCUUAGGGCUUUCCCUCCUGCUCCUACUUUUUCCAGCCUCAGCUGUCCAUCAGGAGAGUGGUGGACACGCCCAUUUUACAGCAGGGCACAGUUCUCAAGCAGACAGCAGCCCCUGACAGACCUGCACGCCUUAAGUAAGAGCUCUCUGCAUGUGUACACGUGAGCACUAAGAACCCUGAGACUACUCACACUCUGUCAGUCAACUCUCUGCACUUCUGGUCUCCAAGCUUCUCUGAAAGAUGUGUAAACUUUCCAAACAUAGUACUUCAAUGACCUUGAAGGGUUACCUGUUCAUGAGAUUUAUACUAGGGGCGUAACUAUUUGUUGAGAUCUGCUUAAAAAAACACACAAGCACUUCACGUGUGAGCUACCACCCAUAAGGUACAGCUGAUCGGACUGCUGUCUGUGGGAAACUGCUUCACAAAAGCCAGCUUGGUGUUGCAACCAAACUGGAACUGCUGAAAAGAGCAAAUACACUUGUAUUAACCAUUAACCAUUAACCAUUAGCCAUCACUGUUUGUUAGCGAGUCGUAAAAAUCGUCUCAGAACAACUGCACUCCAUAUCGACUAUGAUUAGACAUUUUACACAUGUACUACUGCAGAUUUCUUACUGUUAAACAGAGUUAUACUUUCUAAAAAUAAGCACUGCUCUUCAAAAUACUCUGAAGCUGUCUGGUCUUAGACCGCAGUGGUGUAGCAGUACAAUAUUUAUUUGAAUAACAAAUCUGGAAGCAGGAUUAUGGAGUACGUUUUCUCUAUUGGUUUGAUUCUUGAAUCAGAAUUUCUUUUUGUUGUAAAAAAAAAACAGUUUUGGACUGCAAAAUAAACAAGUUCUACACAUGCAAGUUAUUGUCAUCAACCACAGAAAUUCUGUGAUUAAGUCAAUGUUCAGCGGCCUUAAUAUACUCAGCAUUAAAGCUUGUGUAGGGAGCUACUUUGUUGGUUAUGAACCAGAGUUAGAUUGAAAGUAAAGCCUCAAUAUGAGCUUCUAAAACAAACAUAACCAACAAAAAGUAAAUAAACCAUUCAUUUGAAGUUAUUUAAACACCUUUAAAUGCUUCAGCAGGUUAAGGCGUCAGAUGAGGGGGGUGAACAGGAUGUGAUGUAUUUUUGGAAAGCCCAACACAUGUGUAGUAUGUACAGGAUAACAGUUAGAAAAGAGUCAGAGGGUACACUUAAUACUGACCAAACUACAACUGAAACUGCCGCACUGCAUCUUUAACUUGAGAAGAUUAGGAUCAAUAGCACAUGUAAUCAUAGUCAAUCAGAGAGAAAUAUGUAAUCAAUAGAGUAAAUUCAAAUUAAAUAAACACAUUUCACAGCAAGGAAGAGGUGUCGAUGUGCAGUUUUAGAGUUUGGAGUAACUGAAUGUGCAAAGAUGAGUCAUGAGAAAAGUUAAAGUACUAGAGACACACGGUCAGCUAUUAUAAAGAUUUCCUGUUCCUGUCUACAGAUAAAGAUCAAAACUUCAGAUAGACUAAGAGCUUUCUAACCAUAUAAUGUGUUCAAACAGCUUGACUUGCAACAGUUUGAAAACAGCCAGCUCAAAAUUUUCAAAGGUGCAGUUUACGGCGAACCUCUUACAAACAUUUGUCUUACAGCAGACGCCUGGCGUAGAAUGAUAAAGGAGUUUCAUCCAGCCUUUACUUUCAGAGGAAAAAUAAGUCUGACUUAAUUUAACCCGCCCUGAUCCUUUGCUUUGUUUCUCUGUCUUUUUUAUUCUAGGUUUUAUGUCCAAGAGUUUACCUCCUCUCUCUCCGUCUCUGUGACCGACUGCUCCUCAGAGGAUGGAGCAGCCGGUGGAAACUGUUCACUGGUCCUCAAGCUGGGCUCCACCUCUCCUCUGUACAGCCCGGUCACAGUGAGCUGCUCAGGGAUCAAAUGCACCGCCACUCUUUCUAACCCCCCUUGGGACACCUGGUUGAGAGUUGUCGUUGAGAGCGGCAAAGAGAACCGCACCGUGUCCUUUACUAUCAUCUCCAACUCCACAGGUGAACACACACACACACACACACACUGACCUCAUACUCAGGAUUCACUCAUUAUACACCUGUUCUCACCCUCCACCUGUGUGUCUUUUCUCCUCCUGUCUCCAUUUCUGCCUCAGCGCGGUGCAAACCAAAAAGCGUCACCCUCAAAGCAGACGAUGACAUCAACAAAUUCCAUGGCAACAGCAUCUAUAGCAACUCAACAUUAGCAGGGAACAGCACUGUGGACACAGACGCAAUCGGCUUUGGCAACAAAUCAAUGGCCUUGUUAACGCCGCUGUCACCCUCGGCGUGUGUGUGGAGCUUCCCCGUGUUCUAUGAGGAGGUGGAUAUUCUAUCGCUCAGAUUCACACCCGUCAACGGACCCAACGUCAGCGUCUCAAACACACACCCCUCUAUGCUAACAUACCCCCUGAACACACAAGCCACUGGUGGGACACUAAACCUACAGCUCACACUCAACGUCGUGAGUACCAGCAUAUCAACACACAGACACAAACAUGCGUUAUACUUGUAAAUCCAGUGUGAUCAAAUUUAGCAUUUUCACUGUCAUUGUGCUCUAAAUAUGUUUUUGUAUUUGUGUGUGUAGACUAAUGUGACCCUCGGCAACAGCAGCAGCGUGGUGGCCUGUUUCUCCCCCUGGGCUCCAAUCCUGACACUCAACAAUUCUCAGCCCUGUCGCUCAGGUAUCACAACUGAUGCAUUUAACACCUGAGAUGACACUGAGAUUGAAUGUCACUUAAUAUAUCUUAAAGGUUGGUCAUGCAUACAGAUGCUUAAAAUUAAAUAAGGGCUCUUCUGUAUGUGGACAACCUUGUGAUCAAAUCCCUGAUCUUAAAACUUUACCACUGAGCCACGGCCACCUCUUAGAUACGGCAAAAUAAGUGCACAGUAUAAGAUACUCAUUGCCUUGUAAUCUAAACUUGACUUUGUUCAAGACAAAUUUAUUUCUAUGUAAGUUUUUCCUGCUGUAUCAGCUUCCAUGUCAUUUUAUCAUCAAUGACCACAUCUACAGAGUGUCCCGAAACUGGGACAUUUUUUUAGUUACAGAGAUUUAUAAUACUUCUUUUGAUUUCCAAUACUUAGUUUUGUCCAAAGGACAAAGGAGGCCAUAUCUUCAUCAAACCAUAUUUUAAGUUUGACAGUUUUAAUUUUUACAGUGAAACUUAAAGUCUUUAAGUUCUCCCCCAAACAAAUAAAAUUUGGGUCAUCUGCAAAUAACACAAACUGCAAUGCACUUAAUACUUCACAAAUGUCAUCAAUAUAUAAAUGAAAAAGACCAGGUCCCAAAACAGAGCCUUGUGGCACUCCACAUUCAAUGUUCCUAUUCCUCAGACUUAACAUUAGGAAAUUCCAUAUAUUGUUGUCUGUUAUGCAAAUAGCUACUCAACCAGUGAGAUUCUCCAGUUUUCUGUUCCUCACCUCUUCUAUCAUGUAAAACCCCCUAAACAGUCACUACAACUGUAAAUCCAGUGACUGUAAACUGAACUUGAGGUGACUAUCAGACCAACUAUGAAAGUGAAUAAGUGAAAAUGACACCAUGGUGCCAAAUCUCAGGUCUGAUUUCAGUAUUGAGUCCUUGUUUAAGUCAAAUUCAAGUCUGUUAGUUAGAAGAAUCUGAGUCAAUGCUAAGUUAGGCCUCUGUUUUCAUCUAUACUGCUCAGUAAGAAGAGAACUGCUCUCUCACUCUGAAGUAUUCACUGUCUGAACUUGGACUGAGACCAUUUGGAGGUGUAGAAAACACUUUCUCCCGUUUCAACUGGAUUCUGACUGAUCCUGUCGGCACGUCAACCUUUACAUUUCACCGAUUUCUCUGAGUGCAGACUUGUCUUCUCUGCACUGAUUAGUUUACACAUUGAACGUGUCACACUGCUCUUGCUUGCUUUUGCUGCAUUCAUAGUGCCUCUCUGAGCCUUCACAUCUGUCAGCCAUGUCAGACUCAGCGCCGAAUAAAUGAUCAGAGCCUCUGAAAAAAAACUUAGCUAUUAAAGAUGCCUGAGUCAUCUUCCUCAUCUUCAGGUCCAGGCACAAGUCAUCUGUGCUCGAGAAUAACUCAAGUUAGGGCUUGACAAUAAACUGAAAAUUUUUACGAUACUGACAUUUAUGACAAUAACCAACGUCAUUUUGCCCAUACCGGUAUAUUCGGUGUCAAAAAAAAUGAAUAAAUAAAAGUUGGUUUUGGAUGUGUGUAGGUAGGCUAUGGUUCCAUGUCCCUGUAAGACGCUGUCCUACGUCAGAGAUGGGACUCCACCCAAUCCAGUCUGUAACAAAGAGGGAAAGACAGUUUAAAAGAUGACAGUUUAAAAGUUGUAGCAGCUGGAGCAGCGGCUGAAGUUGACAAAGUUAAUGUGGGAGGGGGUGAACAGCUUGUGGAGUAGUUAUCGUCCAUUUAACAUUAUUGAGGUGAACUGCUCAAUAUAUUGUGAUAUUGAUUUGAGGCCAUAUCGCCCAGCCCUAACUCAAGUCCUUAACAUCAGGAUGCAGGUUAGACAGAACUAGUCCUGGACUCUAGUAUAACAACACAGGAACAAGACAAACAAGACAAAACCUGGGUUGUCCAACGGUUUAUGUUUUUUACUAGUUGUUGAUAGUUAAAACUCUGCAGUCUCAACUGCAACCUAAUUCUCAGAGUAUCACAUGGAGAUCUGUUUCACAUGUUCAGUCUGUUUGUUAAACAGAUGGAAAAUCUCCUCAGGUAUCACUGAUGAAGACUUCUUUAUUUUCUGUAUUGGUUUAUGAUAAUGCAAAGUCAGGAAGCUUGACUUUGCAUUAUGGAAAUAUUUCAGACAAUACUCAUGUGUGUAUCUGUGUGUGUCUGCAGGUCUGCAUGGAGGAUAUGGUCUCAGUAUAGAUGUCAGUGCUCCCAAAGCUGUGAUCAGGCUGCCUUUCCCUCCAUCUACAACCUGGUACCUCACCAUGCAGCUCAUAUGCAAGAGGUAAAAAAUACACGCACAGUCACUCUCGUACAUUUAACAAGCAGGGAUCCCUGUAUUUAAAAAUAUCUGUGAUAUUUGUAACUAUUUUACAAAUCUGGAAGGUUUUUGUUCACAUAUGCCUUCCUUUAGAGAGAGAUUAUAAGACAUACCCAUCCUUAAAAAAGUCUCUGUGAGCUUGUGAUGAUCAGGGGACCCCUUUUAUGUUUGUCCUCGGUUGAAUCCUGCUUAGCCAUGACAAAUACGAAUUGUAUGAUGUUUAUGUGUAACCUUAGAUUAGUUUCCAUAUCUUAGGAGCUUAAUUCUCAAUCCGCAUGUUUUUCUUCGCAGCAGUGACUGUGGAGACACAUCUGUGGUGUCCGUGGUUCCUGAGGUCUCUAUCAGUGCCUGCGUGGAGGACUGUGGGACUUACGGUGAAUGUCGACUGCUGAGGUCUCACAGCUACCUGUAUGCUGCCUGCGUCUGUAAAGCUGGUACGAAACACUCACACACGCGUACACAAACAAUGACCUACCUCUUUUUUCUUUGUAAACAAAUACCCAAAGCCUUCAAUCGUCCUCAAAUUAUAUGAGUCAGCACGGUGUGUGUAUUGUUUCCAUUAAUUUACAAGCAUUUUUUAAUUAUUUUUAUUUCUGUGGGUGUUUUCAGGUUGGAGUGGUUGGGGCUGCACUGAUGAUUCAUCUGCUCAGUCAUACCUACGGCAGGUCGGAGCGACUCUUCUGCUCACGCUCAGUAACCUUUCCUUCCUCCCUGCCAUCGUGGUUGCUGUCAAACGCUAUUACAUCACCGAGGCCUCCGUUUACCUUUUCACUAUGUUCUUCUCAACGGUAAAACUCCCAGACACACACACACACACACACUCAUUUGGAAAUGUAGCAAUACUGGCAGGUUUCGACAGUAUUGCUCAUGUUAUUGAGGCCUGUGGUAAACUCUUGUGUAAGAGGAAGGUUUUAUUGUGAUGCACCGCAUAUUUUCUCGGGUUAAUUACACUUUCACCGAAACCGGGCCACCUCAAGAAAAACUAGUCUUAUAAAACAGUGAGGAAAACUUGUUACAGUUUGUACCAGUUAAGGCACAGAGUGAGGAAAACACUGAGGUCGAGUGUCCUGAAACCCCUCACCUCCCAUCAAACACACUCAUGUCCAUAUCCAUACGUUCAGUUAAAUGUAAUUAUCUCACAUUGUGUUUCAAGACUUCUUGCUAAAAAUUUACUCACAGAUGUGGACACAAAUCUUUGCCUGUAAUUUUUCUGUUCAGUGUAUGUAGCUGUUAAUGAACCUGUUGGAAGCAGCCCUCUGUGAAAUAUAUUUCUGUGUAAAAACGUGUAUCAAUCUAGACCACCAGAAUCAAAGAUACUAAUAUUUCAACAUCUAGAAUGAGUAUUUCUGUCAAGUUUUGUUUUGUAUUUCUGUAAAAAAAAGUGGAUUCUAACUUUUAUGUUCAGAUUGGUCACCUUUAAAGACAAGCGUUUUUCACUAUGUAAAACUCUUGUUUUAGUUUUAAGGUUAACACUAGGGUAAGGGUUAGGUGAGGGUUAGGGUUAGGCUCAGGGUUGGACUCAAACAUACUCCAUGGAAACCCCAUAAUAGCACAGUGUACAGCAGCAGCAAUUAUCUCUAAUAAUAUUCUCAUUAAUAAGUGGUUAUCACAUCAUGAUGUAAUGCUCCACCCUUUUAUUCAUCUUGCAUAACUUGUCUAUAAUUGAAGGCUCGUGUAACUUUUUAAUGAGGCUAUUAAUGCAGAGAAUCUUCACCAGCGGGUAAAAGCUUACACACCAGUGUUCACUUCAGCUGUUAAGUUACACAGAGGCUUCCUACUGUUUUGACUAUGCAAGCCAGACAGCAGCAGCCGUCAUAUUUCUGACAGAUCAGUGGUGUGAGAGUUUCUUUCUUUCUUUAUUUCUGGUCGUGGUUUAAAAAAAAUGUAUAUAAAAAAACACACAAAACAACAGUUAAGAAUAAAAUAAAAUAAGUGCCUCACUUAGAAGCACAUCAAUCGUACUUAUCACAACAAAAUGAGAACAAAAACAAAACCAGAGUAUCCACAUGUCCAAAAAAAGGGGAGGAAGAAGUCAAAGACUUGUCUAGUCUUACCCCUCUGUUACUGAUCUCAUAUAACUUAACUUAAACACUAUAACUAAAUGUUUUGUUUUUUUUAUAUAUACUACUGCUGCUUACUGACAUUUUUUAUUGAUAUUAAGAUGUUUAAGUAAGUAGAAUAAACGCAAAAUGCAAUUCAAACUCUUAUAGAAAAAGUAUAAAAAUCAAAACUUGUAACUUGUCCUUUUUACGCUCAUUGCUUUGACUGGUUAUAAAGGUUCAUUUGUUUUUCAUAUCAGUAGAACAACAAUGUAAUUCCUUUGAUUCACCAUUCAGAAAAUAGCUGUUUGUACUCACAACAUGCUUAAGGCUUUAGUGAGAAACUUUUGGGCUGUAUUGACUCUGGCGCCUCCCUGUGGACAAAACAGUGUUUGUUUAUCUUGUCCUCUGCUUGCCCAGUUGUGCCUGCUGAUAAAAAGUCCCACCCAGCUGACUUUCAACAGUUACAUUAAUUGUUUACCGCAAAUAUUAUAUGGGGAAAUGAUAAAUUAGGGGCUGUUUCUCCAGCUGCUUUGCCCAAAUCCAGUAUUGAGAAUGAAAACCUAAAACACAAAACUAAAACAUAAACGUAUAGUAUGUAAACCAUAAAAAGACAGUAUAAAUUUUAGUGAAUUUCAUAUAGGUGAAAAAAAUUACUUGAAGCACUUUAAGUGAAAUGAUGGCGCUGUAUGAGGUUGUUGCUAACUGUAUGUUCAUCAGAACCUAUACUACACUUAAAACACUUCACAGAUAGUGCUAUAAGCUCUUACUAUCACUGAUAAGGAUGGUUAUAAAGCCAAUUAAUAAGGCUUUGUAAAUGCGUUUAUGUUGUGUUAUGUCAUAUAAAGUGUCACUGCUUUCUUUUCUUCCAGUCUUGUAUCAUUGAAAGUGAGCUCACACCCCUCUCCUUCUGUGUUUGUGUUUCUCUUAUCACACUGUAGUUCUACCAUGCAUGUGACCAGCCAGGUGUGGCUGUAAUGUGUAUAAUGGACUACGAUACCCUGCAGUACUGUGACUUCCUGGGGUCCAUCUGUUCGAUCUGGGUCACCAUCCUGUGCAUGGCUCGCAUCAGAGACACAUUCAAAUAUGUGAGACACGGAAUGCCGCCUGAUUUUCUCAAAAAUACUCUUUAACUCUUUCCUCUGAAUCAAUCUAAGUUUCAUUUCUUCAAACUUUAAAACAGACGCUGUUCAUGCUCGGGACUCUGCUGAUAGCCAUGUCAAUGCAGCUGGACCGUAAAGGUCUGUGGAACCUGCUCGGCCCUGUUCUGUGUGCCCUCCUGAUCAUGGUCACUACCUGGGUAAGACGUGCACCAGCAAACUACAGUGAUACUUCUUCUAAUAGUUUGACCAAGUACAGCAUAAUUUAUUCAAGUUUUUUUUCUUUUAUGGUGCAGAUAUACCGAAGUGUUCGGCGGCGCCAUUGUUACCCUCCGUCGUGGCAGCGCUGGGCCUUAUACCUGAUCCCUGGAGCACUCUGCGCCCUGAUCGGAGUCUGUUUGUACAUUUUUGCCGAGACAGAAGACAACUACUUUUACACUCACUCGCUGUGGCACAUCCUGGUGGCCAGCUGCGUUGUGUUCCUGCUGCCACCGAAAGAGAAGGACAGGGAGGCGUUAGGGUGGAACAGAGGCUGGAGCUGGACCUGGACCUGGAGCUGGAGCUGGAGACCCCGGGUAUGUGGGUACACGCUGUGUGAGAGCGGCAAAGAUGAACUCUACACUGUCACGUAAUGAGCAUGUGGAAACAAAGUGGAUUGCAUUUGAAAGCAUUCAUGAUAUUUAUUCAAGUUGAAAACACACACACAGGGUGUCUGCUGGGCCUGAAAGGGCCGUUGAAUAAACCUUUAUUACCUAUAUUCUCAUAGGCUUGUCCACUCUGAAUAAAAAGGAUUUGUAAAGAUUGAUGAAUUUACUUUGAAAAUGAAGUUGCAGACACCCUCAAAUACACUAAACAACAAACACACACACAGAGACAAAACCACCCCAUUGAACCCAAAUCAAACCUGCUGAAACCUCCAAGGUGGCCCGUUUUACCAGCUAUGGGAAGAAAACCACCUGCCCUUUGACCUCACGACCAAGAGUUUGUACAUAUUUGGUAUGUACAUAUUUUAGCAGUCUAGAAAACACAUGUAUGACUAUUUAUAGGGAAUGUUAAGCACUUUGUGGGACACUUUAAAAUCUUUCUAUUCAACCUGUUUGUGUCUUCUGAUCAAGUUUACUCUAUUUACAUUGAAUACAAACACUCAUUACUCUUGUGUCUCCUCUGUGUUGUCAUAGACCUGAAAAAUGAGUUCUGACUAUGUUUAUUCUGCCGCAAAGUCUUUAACGGCCUUUUAACACAACAGCAACAACUCCAGCUCUUUACACAUGUGACACUGCCUUCAUCAUCAGUAGAGGAGCUCUUCUCUCACAAUAUUAAAUUGCAGAAUUGUAAUCAAUCAAAGUACGUGAUAAGAGUUUAGGAAACUUUACUUCACAUGUCUUUAUGGUAAUGAUUCAUUUCAGCUCCUGAACAGAAGAGAAAGCUCUUUAGUUUUGAUCAGUUUUUAAUCAAGAAUAUGUGAUAAGUGGUCAAAUUUAAAUGUAAAUCUUGGUAUACAGGGUGCUUCCUUCUCCAGAUCUUUAUUGUUUUGUGCAGAAACUUGGUGACUGUCUUCUUGUCCUUUUUUUUUUCUUUUUAUUCUCCGGUGUCUUCAUAUUUCUUCCUUCUUAAUCCUCACACGUUUCUGUCUUUUUUUUUUUUUUUUUUUUCAUUUUACCAAAAAUUUAUCCUGAAGCACUUUUAUGAUCAAAAAAUGGAAUCACUAUGUAUUGUAAAUAGUCCACAUUAUGUGUGAAUGGGCACUUUUAUGAAUGUAUAAUAUUCAGACGACUGUGUCCAGUGCCUCCUCUUGUUUUUAUGUACUGUACAAGUUUUUUUGUCUCUUGCACCAGAAGAGCUGCUGAACACUCCUUAACUUUAUUUAAAGUAAGAGAUCUACAUAUAUUUCAUGUGUUGUCUGUUUUUAAGUGCACCAUGCUGUGAUGAUUUUGUUUUUCCUCUUUCUUUGUGAUUUUUGCACAGGUUUCUCAAAGCCUUCCUUUUGUUUUUGAAUUGUUUCCUCACGUGUGACAGAGUGUGAAUAACUUCAUAUUGUUGUUGUCACCUUUUAUUAUCACCACUACAACAUACUGUAGAUGUCAAUACUUAGGGAUGGACAAUAUAAUGUAAUAUUCAACUUCAAAUGUGAUCUUGCUUCCAUGCAGUGAACAGCUACUUUUUAAUCUCUCAGAAAGUCCAAACAGCAUUUAGCUGACCAAAAAAUAAAUCUGUCGUUUCAAGAUGAAUGUUUACUGUUUGUUUUUUAUGCUUUUCUAUGGAGGAUGGUAAUGUUAUUUGUUUCCCCAGCACCACACACACACACACACACACACACACACACACACGGUACACAGAGAAUCGGAUUAUCCUAAUCCUCAGGAAUAUAGAAAGUGUUCACAGUGUGGAAAUACCCAUUGAACUGUGUGUGUGUGUAAAUAUAUUUGCUCGUAUGAAGUGAACCUCCAUUAGUAGAUUUGAUGAGCACUCAGGUUAUGCAAAGCCGAUACAGAUCAGCGCUACAAUCACAGCAUAAUGGAUGACUACUCAAUGUGUUUUAAUGGUGAAAACAAAACAGCAGCUGAUACUGGAUCAUACAUUUCCUAUGAGUAACCAAAGAAUAGGCCUACAUUUAUGUCGCUGUGAACUGUAGUCUGAAAAAUAAUGUCUUAUUGUCUUAAUUCAUUGUAAAAUAAUUCAAUUUACCACCUGAUCAAACAAGACCACAUUUAUGUUUGAAAUAUCAUGAUACUUUUACCUGAAUGGAAGCUUUGAUAAGUUUAUCUACAUAUACAUGAAGUAAACUAAAUCUGGAUGGUACUGGGAUGUGUUACGCCCCACCCUUAGGCGGCCCUAUGGGGCUAACAACAAUCUUCAACUUUUGACCCAUCAAAUUAACAAAACACCUUCAAAAGUUUAACACGUGAUUUAUUGUGACAAAAUAACAAAAUUGCAAACUAGACACAAAGCACCUACAACACAAAUGAGAGGCAGCAGGGCGGCAGUUCCCCACCAAAUUGCCUCUCCUGACUGCAGGCAGCUCUGGGCUUUUCGACUCCCAGCACCAGGUGAGUCUGAUUGGCACUCAAGUGAUUUCACCUGGGCAGCUAUGGAGAGACAAAAGGGGAAAAACACAUGCAAAACAAACACACAGCCGUAACACCCCCACCCUUAAAACAAUGAAUAAAUCAUUUGUACUGCAAAAAUAAACACCACAAUUGCACACCAUAAAUCCAAAAUAAUACAAAUAUUUAUUCAUGGAAUUAAAGUGCAUUGUGUCAACUAUAUUAACACAAGAAUUUAACUAAAUGGGUGUUACUCACCAAGGCUGUGUGUAACAAAACACACACCACUGCACAAGCUUAAAAAAAAAAAAAAAUACCCUUCACUAUUUACCAAAACUGAAGACAACCACUGCUGACAAAAAUGUGCAAAAUGGGUCUUGAGGAACACAAAAUCUUAAUUAGGGCCAAAGAAGAUGCUGCAACCAAAUUCAAAAGCAUCCAUCACAAAAGCAGCCAAUUAAGUGGGUGCCACGCCCACAAAGCAAAAUGGCUACUACCAUGAGGUUAACACAAACACAAAGAGCAAAACACUAAAUUUGCCAAUACCACACACAGUAACAGAUAUUCAACACUAAAGGGGAGUGAGCAGUCACACACACAAACGGAUCAACAAAAGUAGUAGAACUACAACACUGCUGUCAUUCACAAACAGCACACAGAGAUCCAACAAAAGGUGACUGCCACCACCACAACACAAAUGGACACAAGUCUUCAAAAGACACACGAAUUACUGUGAUAAGGUAAGCAACAAGCCAAACAAACGGAACAUACAAUUAGGAAUAAGAAGCAGUAACACACAAGUGACCCACCAAAUGUGGACUGCAAACCACUACACAAAAUGGUCACAUAGCAGUCACCACUACACAACUUUUGCCACCCUACACCUAAGAUGCAACUCACACGUGGCCCACCAAAUGUGGAGAGCAGUUACCACCAACAAAUGGUCACACAACACAAGUUACUGCACAAACAAAAUCCUAAUUGUAAUCACACAGAGUGACCAAGCAAGAAUGGGUAGCCUUCUGAAACACACACAAAACAAAAAAAAUUUAAGAGCAAAAUGAGUCACCCCAACCCCGACCUGCUUGACAAGAUGUCUGACUUACCUAACUGGUCUUCAGUGGCCUGCCGAGCUCGAGGCAUCACCUAAGUGUGCCCCCUCCUCAGGAUUACCACCAAAAAUAAGAAAGGCAAAAUAAAAAAAGAGGCAAGCUCUUCCCUGCCCGGCGACUAAAUAAUCAGGGUGCUCAGAAGUUACAAAUAAAAGCAACUACUAAUGAUAGUGACAGAAACAGAAGACAAACCCAAACUAUGGUCACUAGUUAAGAGAGGAAAAAAAAAAACCUCAUGGAUGUUUGGAUUCCGGACGAGCCCCCAUUUGUUACGCCCCACCCGAAUGCGGCCCUAUGGGGCUAACAACAAUCCUCAACUUUUGACCCAUCAAAUUAACAAAACACCUUCAAAAGUUUAACAUGUGAUUUAUUGUGACAAAAUAACAAAAUUGCAAACUAGACACAAAGCACCCACAACACAGAUGAGAGGCAGCAGGGCAGCAGUUCCCCACCAAAUUGCCUCUCCAGACUGCAGGCAGCUCUGGGCUUUUCGACUCCCAGCACCAGGUGAGUCUGAUUGGCACUCAAGUGAUUUCACCUGGGCAGCUAUGGAGAGACAAAAGGGGAAAAACAUGCAAAACAAACACACAGCCGUAACAGAUGACUGAACCUAUCAACUAAGGAAGAUAAAAAUGCUUUUCAAAAAUAAAAAAAAGAAGACGCUUUAAAUAAUGUGGUGAGCUGUAUUUGAUUAUUUAAUGACAUGUAAGCUCUUGUGCUUUUGCUCCUUGUGCCUCCACCUGUUUAAAUUCCUCUUUGCUCUGCUGGUGAAUUUUAUACCAGUUCAUAGUAACAGGAUUAUUUUCAGAUCAAACUAAACUCUAAAACUGUUAUAAUGCCAAAAAGUAUCCCCUGAGAUUAAAAAAAAAAAACCUAGACAGAGUAAAAAAAUCCUGUUUACACAUAAUUUUACUAUUCAGAUAACACUGGGUUAUGUGAGUCUCUCCUCUAUACUCUGUUUGUACGUGCUGUCAAUAUUUUAUCUAUAAAUUCACCUUGUUUUUAUUGUAAAUGAUGUCAUCAGGCCCUGCCUUCCAAGUCCAUUGGCUGGUGAAGAGUACUGCCCCCUCAAGAGGUAGAUCUUUUACAUUUGGACCCUAACUGUCGAAGUACACAGUGUUUUCUGUAGGAGGUAUCUAGUUCCUAUUAGGAAGGUUCCUGUGGUCAAAAAACACCUAGAAACACUUCUGCUUCUUUGUCACUGUUUUCCUCUGUUUUUCAUUUGAGCUACUGAAUUUGUUCCCCACUGUCACAGGGAUUUUUAGACGGUGAGAAUGUUACUCACCCUACAGGUGUGUUUGGACGCAGGCUGUUGAUUUCAGUCUGUUUCAUUACCAGGUUAAAGAUAAAGUCAAAUUUUAAAAAAUAAUAAAAACAAAAAGCUGAUAAAAACUUAUUAAAUGGCUUUAAAUAAAAGAUCAGAAAUUGGUCAACUGGUUGCAGAACAACCAUUUACAAAGUUGUAAAGUAGGAUAUAAACUUGUGCUGCUGUAACCAAAUACAUCCAGUAGAGGGAGACAGUCAAGUUCAGAACAAACUGCAGCUCCUGUAAGACUUCAGGUGUUAAGGGUUACCUCUGCUGCCAUCAGACAUUAGCAGUGGAUCCUUCAGGUUGUGAGUUAAGGCCUCUGUGGAUCAGACUUGGUUGUCAGACCAAGUCACCAUUGUUAUGUUUCUCUGGACCACCUUCUCCCAUCACACAGUGAGACACAGCUCUGAUGCUCUUGUGGUUGUUACAGGCACUGUAGACAAGGCAUGGGGAUCAUCAUGGGAGCCCUGACUGGUCUGCAGCAGCCCCAUGCACAGAAAACAGCAGAGCACUGUGUUCUCCAGCAGCUGAUUUUCUGAUGUAAAGGUCAGUGUACCCUAGGAAACAAAAGACUCUUACCUUUGUUACCAAUUUAAUCAUGAUAAAAAAUAAAUAAAUAAGAGGAACUUUGUUUUAUAAGUUUUUAAUAACUUGAUAUCAUGAAUUCUUAAUGUGGCAGAGCGUCUAGAGUUCAGUAAAUGCAAAACAUAAAAAGGAUUUGUGUUUAAAAAUAGACCCAAAGACAACAAAGGGAUGGGAAUGAGAGGGAGAGUAACAGAAAUAAAAUCUGGAUUCACACUCACAUUUAACCACAGAGCUAAGAAUUUGAAACAACUCUGAAAGCUGUUGUGACAUUUUAUUGGGAUGAGGACAUGCUCAAGCAAAAAUAGUCACAACAAUCAUCACAGGGUGAAACUCUGACAUGGAGAGAACACACGCAGCAACCUCUAUGAUAAUCAGACAGACUGAGGUGAAUUCAUGACAACAUACAUACUUAAAAACUCUAUUGCUCCACUAAAAUCCCUCCGAUCAUUAUAGAAACAGAAGGUUCAAUAUAAAAGCUGUUUAGGGAAGACUUGGUACGAUCAGCCAGAAUCAAGACCAACAGGAUAGACUUCAUGAACGGAGACAGGAUGAUUAUGCAGCAUUAAAGUAAAGUAAUCAAAGCUCUAAAAUCUGUUAUACUCUCUGCUCGUGCGCUGAGAAAUAAGUGACACUGCUGUGAUUUGCAUGGACACCUGUGCUCUAAUGCUCAAAUUCUAACUCUGGUAAUGAUACACAGUGAAAGACAAACUCUGACUUUUAUAGAGAGUUUGACUUGAGGUACAAGAGUGUAACUCUUUGAAAGGUUUCUAUUAGAACAAAAAGAGACAAUGAGGGCUGGAGUGAUUAAGUCUGACAUGUUUUUGUUUAGGCUCCACUUCAGGUAUGGGAACCACCUCCGGAGUUCGCAGCAGCUUGACUGCCGCCCUUGGCUUGUCCAUCCUCCUCAAUUCCAUGUCUGGCAGCCUGAGCAGGGGAGGGGCUUGCAUGCCGUUGGCGUCUCAUAAAUGGGAACACACUUAAAAGAAAGAAAAUAAAGAAAAGCAUUGUAAGUAAAUGAAUGUAUGAUAUUAAAGGUGGUUAUUAGUAUUAAAUCUUACCUUUUCUUGGUCUCCUGUGGAACAAUAGCUUUGGCCAACAUGUUCUUGUAUAGGUCAGACUUCAGAUAUCUUGGGUAAGAGUCCUAAAUGCAAAAACAAACAAACAAUAAUGUAAAAAGAAGCUUCACAAACUAUUAAAGCACGAAUAAGUUCCAGUUAUAGAUAGCUAACCGUAAAAGUUGCCAUUUUAGCUGAAUUUUGCUUUAAAACUGAAAAGCAGAAGGCUAAUUACCUAAAAGAAAAUGUAUUUUGGGUAAAUUAAAAUGUCCCAAUUGUUCUCAGGUAUCAUUUGCCUCCAAUGACCUGAAAGUAUUUUGGGCUGUAAGAGUCCAUCUGACACAAAAAGGAGCAAGUCCAGUGAAAGUCAGGACCUGCAUAAAAUGCCAUGAGAAUUUUCAUAUUUUGUAACCAAAGGAUUUUAUUUUGUUUUCCUUGUAAAUUAUUUUAGGUUUUGAAAAUCUGACUGAUGUGGUGUCCCUCAGGGGUCUUUACGAGGCCCCUUUCUUGUUCAUUUGACCAUGUAGCAACUAGGCCAUUAUAAAUAUCAAACCACAAAUUACAUUGUGCUGGUGAUUCUGGAUGACCAUAAUUCUUGUUUCUCAGAUAAUAAACCCUCAUAGAAAUUUAAUGACUCACAGCCCACUAAUAAUAUUUUUGGCUUGUUAUACAAAUUAACAAAACAUAACAUGCAUCAACCGUUUUUAAUCAUCAAUCAUGCAGUUAAGCAUUAUUUUAGUUACUUAAGUUAUUACUGCCCCAGGGUGGGUGUCAGAUGAGACAAAUGAGUCCAUGCUGCCAAAACUGUCUUUUCAGACAGCACAAAAAUCACUCUGAGUAACAACUAUAUUUUAAUUUGAAAAGACAGCUGGAUAGGAUUUUUUUUUGUUUUUUUUUUUGCUGGAAAUCUAAAGACAGGACAAUCACUGGAUGGACAAUCACUUUGUCUACGGUGGCUGCCAAAAUCAAUACAAACAGUCCAUAAAAGCCAAAAGUGUCCUUUGGAGAACUACACAGGAUUUUUGUACUGGACGGUUCUUGAGACAAGCUGACUUGAACAUGAAUUCAUCUUCUAUUGGUGACAGGGUUGCAAUGCGACUGCUUUGAAAGACAAUAGACAAACUAUAGCAAACACAACACGCUAACUGAGUCCUAGCAUCAUAUUAGAGCAGACUGUACCUGGCCCAAGUUCUCUACAAUUUUUUUUCUGGUUAUUGAGUAUUUAGGUUUCUCACGAGCAUGCUGUCAGCACCUAUUUUGUGACUUCUGUUUGACCAAACCAAGGGUCUUCUCAUAAAACUGUCUUUUCUCUCUGAAACCGAGCUACCUUUUGUUAGUCAUUUCUUUUGACUGCAAUCUUCAUUAUUUUUGUUUUUGUUUUUUUUUUCUUUUGAACCCUAAAAGGCUACCUUUGCUUGCUUAAUUUUCGGCAGACUAUCUGUGAACCAACUCCAAAGAUGUCUGACCUUCUUCAUUAGAAAGUAGAUGUGCAUUUGUGCGUCAUCCAUAACGAAACGAUGUGGGUGUCUGAUCCCUUCUAGAGUUUUAUCCAUUGUCUUGCUGUCAAUGUUGACCCAACGGGCAGCUCCAGGGGCCAGAAAAUUUCUGAUGCACACAAAAAAAGAGUCAGUAUCAUGAUCUGAUGGUGUGCAUAAGUCUUUGUUUGUAUGUUGUACAUGUUUUAUGUGCUUUUGUUCUUACUUGUAAAUCUCUUCCACUUUCUCAACGAUCCUGGAAUUUUCUCCGUGCCUCACAUCUUCACAGGCCUGCCAGAAACACAGGUUUUCCGCUAGCAGAGAAACAAACGACAAGGCGCACAGACAGGUAAAUAAAACAAGCAUGAUGCAGGAAAAAAUGAGUCAUGAUUAAAGGCUGUUUAUCUCCUGGCAGGCCUCUGUGGAAAACCUUACCUUCUGGCAAUAAUUAACAUGUCUGCAUGGAUGAAUUAAUGUUCCUGCACUAUUAUCUAACUACACCUCUCCUCUCAUCCCUCUUUCUCAUUACCCUCAUGAACUGAUCAUGACAUGAGGUACGUGUCAACAGUCUAUUCCUACAGGAGAUUGCUCAGCCUCUUCGUCACAGUCUGCAUCCCUCUCUAACCAGCUACGUGCCUUACUGAACGCAGCUUCUUCAACUUCAACGUUAGCGUAGUUGUUCAGUGCUUGUUCCCAAUGACUGCCCAACAGAGUGGUGAGAUCUCCUGAGAAUAAUAAACAUAAAGCUGACAAGUACCUCCUACAAUGCAACUUUAAAAACAAACCAUCCCUUUGAUCUCAAUUUCUGAGAAACUGCAGAUGGUGAAAAUCUGUGGCCAUUCUGACCAUUUGACAGAAAAAAAAAUUUAAUAUUGAAGUUGUGCAAAAAAUUAAGUGGGUGGUAAUAUCAUGAGUUCACAGUAUUGCGGUCCUGCACAGUGGAUGCCACAUCAUAAAAUGAACAGAUGAAGAGGCAGACUGCUAGCGAGCUAGCUAAAACAGCCUUAUGAGAGAUGAUUAGGCACUUUUAAAACUAAGACAGAGAAAGAUAUCAAAAUAAAGGCAUUACAAACAGUAACUGGAUGAAGCAAUGUCUUCUCUGAGGAAGUCUCUAUUUCAGGGCUGGUGAUAAAUCAUAAUGAUGAGUCUUAACAGAAAAAGAAGAUGAGAUUUAAACUAACUACGAUUAUUAGUUAAAUUCAUAAAGUGAUAUUUUGCUCUCUUCUUGUCCUGCUCCUCAUCCAUUUGACUGAUUGUGUUGUUUAUUUACAAGUUUUCAAUAAGAACAGGAUGGAAAUCAUGACCAAAAAGUGAUUCUUUAAUAUGUCUCAACCUAAUACUGUGCUGUGAUGUUUUGUGAUUAAAGGGUAAUUUUAGGACAUUUUGAUUCUGCGCUUAAGUUGGCUCUUGACCUUUUAUUACCAUUAUUUAUAGUGUCUUUUAUUUUUACUAUCCUCUUUUCCACUUUCAACCCCCCUUUUAAUUGCAUUUUCUUUUUUUAAAUUAUUUUAUGUUUUUAUUUUGGUCCUCAUGGUCUCAUUUUAUGUUGCAUAUUUCUUGAUUUGUCUGGGUUCCUUGUGACAUGAAAACGGCCUUCAAUUCCAUUUUAAUUGAGCGUUCUGUUUUUAUGUCUUUUUCUAUGUGCUUCAUGACUAUAUGUCAACGCACUUUGUAAACUUCUGUUUUUAAAAGUGCUAUAAAAAUAAAGUGAUUAUUAUUAUUAUUAUCAUUAUUAGUACUAUUAUUACUUGACCCUCUUGGUUAGAAAUAUCACCACUUCAUCUUUUUAUCCUCAUUAACAAAUAUGUGAAAAAAUGUUAGCAUCUAUAAACCUGUGUGGAUUAUUUGUGCCAGAUGUAAAAGUUCUUUGGGAUCCCCCAAGUUGUUUCUUGUACAACAUUAGGAUAAACAGAUACUUGGACAUGAUGGACCAUCAAAAACCCAACUAGCAAUGGCUGUUUCUAGAAGGGUAGCUGGGCAUGGUCAGAAUAAUAUUCCUUUAAUUUCUUCAUUCUGUCUUACCGCUGAACUCUUUCUCCAGAUAAGUCAUGAACUCCCGUCUCCCCAUGGGGUCAUUGAGCAGCUCCACAAAGCUGAAGCUCCAACGUUCCACUCGUAGACGUGUAGGUAUGGGCACCCUGCUCUCAGACACACAAAAGAGACACAGACAUGUACAAACUACUGUGACUGCUUUGAGCUAAAACACGAGUAGCAUGCAAAAAAAAGCCACAGUUGUGAAACUUGAUCUAUCUCAGGCUACUGUAGUUCAUUUUGAGUUUAUGAUCAUGUGUGCAUAUUUGUAAGUAUCGCUCACAUGUCUGCGUUCAUUGUCCAGUGGGCUGUGUCAUCAGAAAUCCAGGGGUUGCUGGGAAGACAGCCUUGCAUAAUAGGGUCGUGGUUCAGGUACUGCUCACUGUACUUCACAAAACUGCACAUUCACACACAAAUGUAGAGGCAUGCACACACGUAAAACCACACACGCACACACACACGCACGCACGCACACAAACACAGUAUUAUUGUAUUAGAGCUGCAGAUCAUAACAGUAAAUGGCCACUAAUUCCA